AAGCAUUGAAUCAAAUUCCUUGAAGAAACCAUUUCGAUUUGGACGAAAUGCAACUAGCACACAUUGUAUUAGCCUAAUUUAAUAAAACUGAAUUCCCAGCUUCUCAAUCGAUCGAGCCACGUGACAGCUUGUUUUCGCCAAACAAGCACAUCACCCUUGCAAAUCACUCUUGCAAAUCAGGUAUAUGCGCUGCGUCAACCGUUUGGGGUUUAGCCUAGGGCGGCUAUUUCUUGACUUUUAGUAGCCUAUAUCAGAACAUGGCUAGGUUUGUAGUAGAGGUGUUUUUUGCCCUUGUUUUCUCCGCCACCAAUGCGGCGCAGGAGGAGGUCAUUGAUGUGAUUCUAGCCAGCCUCGCCAAAAGCGCAUCGUUCCUGGAGCAAGAGCACCGUAACAUCAACCUAGACGGAGUGGUCGGGUACAUCAUCUUGCAGGCGGAGUUGAAGGAAGCAGUGAGGACGUGGCCCCACACUGACCCUCUGAGCUGGUCUCAGCGCACCGCUACGGUAACCCUGGUCAAGAGGUUGGACCAGAGCCUGGCUAAGGCUGUCACCGAGCUGGAGAAGACUGACCCCAAAUACUACAGAGAGUUUGAGCCUCUGUUGAGCUGGACCUUCUGGUCAGUACCUCAUGAGUGGAGCUCCACAGAUCCCUCUCUGGCCUACUCCUCCGGUCGAACCAUGGAGUGUUACGAUGAGACACAGAGCGACAAGUGUAUGACCCUGCUACUGGGAACAUGGAAGAACAACGGGACUCCUUGCAUCGUGACCAAGUCAUGUCGUGACACAAUGACGAGGUUUGGAUGUCCUAACUACUCCCUCUCUCACCAGCUGCUCUACUUCAUGCUGGGAGCCAAUAGAGGUUGUUCUGCCAUGUUGAAGGGGGACAUGCGUACGUCGCGUGCUAACCUAACAGAGAGACAGUACCAGGGGAUAUUCUGCUCCAACAUGCUGAAGGGAAACAUGGACAUCAUACAGAAUAACUUCACCGGGGAGACCCAGGACAUCUUCAUCGAAAACAUACUGCUGUGUGGAUUGGCUGGUUUCUCUGACUUUCUCAAAGUUGAUUGGCUGCAGCACAUUCUGAGGCUGCAGGAUCAGGAAGUGGGAUGUUUUACACAGCCCCACAGAAGAGUGAAGAGGAGAGAGAGAAUGUUGAAGGAUGGUUGUUCCAGUCACAUAACAGGCGUGUCAGUGAGCGCUCUGGGAGGAUACCUCAACUACUACCUGACAGAGCAGGACAUCACCAAGAGACCACUCACCUGAAUGUCAACCACCCUUCACCUGGCUGUGUGACCCUUCACCUGGAUGUGUGACCCUUCACCUGGAUGUGUGACCCUUCACCUGGAUGUGUGACCCUUCACCUGGAUGUGUGACCCUUCUCCUGGAUGUGUGACCCUUCACCUGGAUGUGUGACCCUUCACCUGAAUGUGUGACCCUUCACCUAAAUGUGUGACCCUUCACCUGGAUGUGUGACCCUUCACCUGAAUGUGUGACCCUUCACCCGGAUGUGUGACCCUUCCCCUGGAUGUGUGACCCUUCACCUGAAUGUGUGACCCUUCACCUGGAUGUGUGACCCUUCACCUGGAUGUGUGACCCUUCACCUGGAUGUGUGACCCUUCACCUGAAUGUCAAAUACCCUUCACCUGGAUGUGUGACCCUUCACCUGGAUGUGUGACCCUUCACCUGGAUGUGUGACCCUUCACCUGGAUGUGUGACCCUUCACCUGGAUGUGUGACCCUUCACCUGGAUGUGUGACCCUUCACCUGGACAUGUGUCCUAAAUAGCACCCAAUUCUUUACUUAUACCACUACCUCUGACCAGGCAAACCCAUCGGGCUCUGGUGAAAAGUAGUGCACUAUGUAGGGCAGUGUGUAUCCAUCCUCUCUUGGGGACACCCAGUCGUUCUAUGUGUUUCAUCUAUUCCACAGCACCAGGGGUGGAAACCACUUAACUAAAACACUCUAAAGUCAUUUUACUUCAGUCGUUUUGGAGGAAUCUGUACUUUACUAUUUAUAUUUUAUGACAACUUUGACUUUUAUUUCACUACGUUCCUAAAGAAAAUAAAUGCACUUUUUCCUCACAACAUUUUCCCCGACACCCAAAAGUACUCGCUACAUUUUGAAUGCUUUAGCAGGAGAGGAAAAUGGUCAAAUUCACGCACUUAUCAAUAUAACAUCCCCUGGUCAUCUCUAC